ACAUUCUACCGGAUAUCAAAGAUUAAAUCGUAACCGUCUAUACUAGAAGAAAGUCAGAGACCAUCACCUGACUUUGUGACUCCUCUCCUUCUGCUCAUUUUUCUAAUUCCUAUAUUCUAGUUUCUAGAGAGAGAAAACCAACCAACAGCCAACCCAGUCUGUUGCUGCUGAUUGAUUCAUACACUGGGGUGUUUUGUACCCACUGAUGUUACCCAGUAAAGAUCAUCAAAAUUUCAAGCAUAGAGCAAAUGCCAUCACUAAGGAUGAAGAAGAAGUCAAGUGUGUGUUGUGUGAAAGAGAAGAAUUGUCUCCGUGUUUGUCACAAAUCAAGUACAAUAUCCAAAAGGUCUCAUGUCAAGACUUCUCAGUUAGCAGCUGAAGCUGACGCUUUCUGUCAGAACUGCAAGGAAGUAUCGCCGAGCAGUGAAAUAGAUAUCCAAGAAACUGGAAUUGUUGGAGCUACUAACUCUGAGGAGUGGCAAAAUGGUGAAGAUAUCUUCAAGCAGCUAGCCAUCUCGUUCAAUGAUUCUGCAGUGGUUGAGGGAAUGGAUUUGCCCCCAGUCUCAUCCUCCACAAACUUCGGGACAAUAUUCUCACCCACCUUCUGUUAUGUUCGGGAUCUGCCAAACUCUUACACUAAUGCAGGACUCAAUAUUCAUCCAGAUCCAUUUCAUUUCAACAUGGCAGCUGAAAGUGAUGGUAAUAGUGGAAGUUCAUCUGACUAUCAAACUUGCACCAUAUCAGAUUUCUACAUUUCAGACAUGGUUCUUGCAGGUUCUAUGUUUGAUGGCACUUUUAUAUGUGAUGAUAUUGCUGAGAAACUCAGAAUACCUGCACAUGAUGCUGCAGAGUCAAACAUCUUCUUUGAUGGUACUGAACGACACAUGACUUUGCCCUUCCUUGACGAAUCUUUGGAAUUGAGCGAAAUAAUUCAUUCGCGACCAUCUGAAGAAGCAAGGGUGGAUUCUGAUAAUUCAAGCUUCUUGUUAGCUAUUCAUCAGAUACGUCCUGGUGAACAAGAAGCAGAUCGUCCAUCUUGUGAUGAAUCAGAUGAGGCACAAUAUUUUGAUCCACACUCAUUCAUUAGAAACUUGCCUGACCUAUCAGAAAUCAUACCCAGUAAUCGACCAACUAUUUUGCCAAAGGAAUCACGAGAAAGGAAGCCCAUUACUUUGGUACUUGAUUUAGACGAAACCCUUGUCCAUAGUACAUUGGAACAUUGUGAGGAUGCAGAUUUUACCUUUACAGUUUUCUUCAGUAUGAAAGAGCAUACUGUAUAUGUUAAAGAAAGGCCUCACCUCCGGACUUUCAUGAAGAAAGUUGCAGAGAUGUUUGAAAUUGUUGUAUUUACUGCUAGUCAAAGCAUUUAUGCAGAACAACUUUUAGACAUACUGGAUCCUGAUGGGAAGCAUAUCUCUGGUCGAGCUUACCGGGAAUCAUGUAUUUUUUCUGAUGGCAGUUAUACGAAAGACUUGACAGUGUUAGGUCUUGAUCUUGCUAAGGUUCUGAUAGUAGAUAACUCCCCUCAGGUGUUCAGGUUACAAGUCAAUAAUGGGAUUCCAAUAAAGAGCUGGUUUGAUGACCCAUCAGAUAAUGAGCUAAUGUCAUUGAUUCCAUUCCUGGAGACCUUAGCUAAUGUUGAUGAUGUGCGCCCUCUUAUUGCAAAGAGAUUCGGUAACAAGGAAUAAAAAGCCCCUUGUUCUCUCUUCUUAUCUAGACUUCACCUCUGAUUAACUCUCUCAUCACCCCCAUUUUUGCAAAAGCAAGCAACCAGUCAAAUGCUCCAUUCUCAUUAAUCUUUCUUGCUAUAAUUUACGUAAGAUAAUUAGAUUCUCUGCUUGAGGUAGGUUUUCUGUCUGUCUUGUUUCUCUUCUUCUCCUGGCUAACAACUCGAGUGUUAUAUGAUUGUUUUCCAAGGUAGUUCGAGGAACAUCUUUAAUUAUUUUUCUUGUACAGAUAAAGAUGCUAUUAUUUUGCUUGAAUUUGUAUAUAUGAUUUGGCAGUAUUCUCAGCAUUUUCUAAACCAUUAGAAAUUAAUGAUAGACAUGCUUAAAGAAGAGUUUGUUUUGUGUUUUUUUGGUUAAGGUUGGAAAUUGGAAUAUAGCAACAAAUAUGCAUAUUGUUUUAAUUCAACAGAAUUGUUAUGCAAUAGUGAUUAUUUACAGAGAUUGCAAUAAAAAAAAUAUUGUAGUAGAGUUUGCUAGGUAUAAAGUUGAAAGGUGCUUCCUUCCACUUAGCUUCACUAUGCAUGGGGUUUUCUUAUUCCCAAUACAUCCCCAUCCUCCUUGUCCACCCAAAAAAGGGAAGUUAAAGGAAAAACAGAACGGAAAUAGAGAGAGUGAAUUGAAGGCAAGAAAAGAGAAGAACAUGUUGAAAGCACAAAAAUGAAGGGAAGAUAAUCAAAUAAUGGUGAUGCAUUGGGUGCAAGGUCAACAGAAGUAAAAAGUAUAUAACAUGCAGCUCCCUGCACCACAAAAAAGGAGAAAAGAAAAGAAAAGAAAAAAAAAGUGAUGAGAAGAAAAGGAAAGAAAAAGAAAGAAAAACGGAGUGGGAAAAUUCAAAAAGAGUUGGGGGAAUAACAUUUUGAUUGUAGUGAUGUGCCUGUAAAUUUUCUGUUUUCAAGUUCCCUUUUACUCUGAUUAUUUAUGAGUAAACAUUUCUUUUGUGAGAUUCUUCCUUAAUUACCCUCCUCCCUAGGAAGAGGGGGGGGGGGUGGUGGAAAACGAUGAAUUGUUAGAAGCCUCUUUUAUCAUUUUGUAACUGUGAGUGAAGUUGUUGAAUGUCUACCUCUUAAGUAAUUAGUCGUUACAUUUAGAUGAAUUGUAUCUACACGGAUAUCAACCAACCUGCAAGUAAAUGGCAUGUGGAGAUGAGGAUGAACCUAUGACUGAAAAUACAGAUUUUUACAUAACACUGUAAGAGCAUCCAUUAGAAUGUUUCCUUGAAUUAAAUAUUAGCACGCCUGGAAAGUAGAAGACAUUCUAAGAAAUCAUGAAUUAACGAAAUAAAACCUUUAUGAAUCUUUGAUUUGAUAAGCACUUCGUAGAACAAUAAGUGCACACAUAACUUUGUCUCUAGAAGUAGCUUCCUGUCAGAAUCGUGCAUCAUUGAAAGAUGAAGCAUGAUCUUGAGAGAAUUUUUAUGUUCCAUAAUUCGAAGUACAUGGCUUAGAUUGACUGGUUUAUGGUAAAGUAUUACCAGAGUAGGAUUAGACUCGUGUCAUCAAGUUUUCUGACUUCCUCUCUAGCUUGAUUGCAAAAGUAGGAAGUCUUCUUAAGUAGUAGAUUUCUACGCCUUAAAAGGAGGCCAGAGUCAUGUUUAUUUAACUUAUUUACAGAAGUUGUGAGGAUGGUAAUUCUUCUCCGGUCAGGCCAUGAUAUCUUAGCAAGGAUCACCUUAUGCUUUCAACCUGUGGUUUUUCUAGAGGUGGUUCUCAGAGGCCUAAGGUGUGGCAGCCGUUUAUAGCACUCCAUUUCCUUUAGAUAGUCAACAGGUGACUCUUAUUUAUAGAACUUGGUCCCUCGUGGAGAUUGAAGAUGUGCUCCUGUAUGAUUGUGCUUCUAAUAUUGCUCAAAUUUACAUGUCUAAGGCCUUAAAUGCAGUGUUUGAGCCAAGUCUUUCAGAUCUGUUGUCCUUAAUUGUGUGCUAAGAAACAUGUGUUGGUAUGUGAAGCCUCAAUCCUUGCUAGAGUAAUUAAUAAUUUUUUUCAGAGAAAAUGUGGGGGUACCACUUGAAAAUGAACGGGGACAAUGAUGUAUGGUUGAUGCCUUUUCCUAAGAGCUUUGUCAGUACCGCUUUCCAGGUUGUACAAGAACUUAAGAAGUUUAACCUGUGGGCCCUGUGGUACAGAAUGUCUCUGGGAUUGUAGAGAAAAACAAGUUGUACCAGUUACUGAUGUUCUGUACAUAUACAGAUAUUGCAAGUCCUUUUGUGUUGUAUACAUGGUUUUUGGUCUUUUUCCUCCGGAAUGCUGACUUCAUGCUUCCCCUAUGUGUGUAUCCUGUAUUGUCUUUCUUAUAUAUAGGAUCUAUCUUUCCAGGGCCAAUUGGCCUGUGCAGUUAUAGCCUAUAUUACUAAGACUAGGGUACUCGUGUCGGACACGGGUACAUGUCCAAAUGUACGACUCACAUGUUUGUUAAAAAACAUCCAUGAUUAGGCCCAAAACAAAGUAAAUAUCCAUAUGCAUGUUGGACUGUUGAGGAUUCAACAUGAGUACUUGAGGUGAGAUGAAGAAUUAUAGUGGCAUAGGUUCUAGGUAUAUUGACGAACUAGUAAGUUUACAAGUUUAGCCUUUCUAAGAAAAUUAGGGCCGGAGAUAAAACUGAACUUGAUUAACAUCAUGCCAUUUUACAAGUUGAAGAUCCUGAGAGUAAAUUGGUUAGCCCUUGUGCUUAUCGAUCUUUCUGUGCUUGCUUGCCUGGCUUUAGAAAAAUGGAUAUAUGGUCUCUAUAAAACCUAAUUCUACUUAUCAAUUCCAGAACUGCUUGCAUCUGCGUCACUUUUGUCAGUUUUCAUCCUUUUUGUUCUUGCAAUUAAGCCUAUUUAUCUUCCUUGAGAAAAUACUUUGAAUGUUCUGGCUGUGAUGAUUAGGUUCAGUGAAGUAAAAGUUGGCCUGUCCAUGAAAGCUUGAUGGUUGAAGUUGUAGUCUCUGUCUAUGCAUAAAGCCAUGAAGAUAUAUAAUAUAUUACUUCAGGGGUUCUGAAGGAGAGGAAGGUCUGUAAGAGAAAAUUUAAGUAUGUUUCCGGAGAUUAGCUACAUGUUUUGAUUUAUUCUGUUAGGAUUAAGCUUUGGCAUGGCAUGUUAUGUGGUUCUUCUCAUAUUGAGUAUACAGCAACACCGAGCCAGGCUUGGCAUGGGUUAGUUUCUGCUGAGUCGUAAUUAAUUUGUCAGUCACGUAUACUCUACAAUGUCACUUCUCAAGUGAAGAGUUUCUGACCUCUGAGGUGGGAUAUGGGAGAUUACUUGUAAACACCUGCAGACUGAUCAAACUGAACUUGGUAUUUAUAUAUUACCACAUAAUAAAGUUCUGGUGAGGCGGUGACAUCAAGGUACAGUUUUGUUACUUUAGGCCUCUGGUGGCACAAAUGUUGUAUCACAGUUCCCAGAUUCCUUACUUUCCCGAGCUCUCUAUAACUGUAUUCGCUUAAUUAAGAACCUGGUGGUAGAGAGGCAAUGGUGCUCUUCCUCAAUUUUGCUUAAUGUGAGAGAGCAUCUCGUAAAGGACAAUUAUGAGUUUUUUUUUUUCUGUUGAAGAAGCUUUAAAGUUCCAGGAAACAACUGUAAUCUCUGUUUAUUGCAGUCCAUUCGCAGAAGAGGUAGAGUACACGGAUGAUGUGAAUAUUACUAGAUUGUAUGAGCUUUUCUUGGGUGAUUUAUAUGUAUAGUUAUAAGUCCAUGCUUCUAAUCAAACUGCUCUUACUUAGGUUGUCAUAUAGUUAUGAAGAGACUGACAUCUUUGCUGGUCUUCUUUUCUUGCUGAAGAUUCACGAGACAGACCUAUUCUUAGUAUCAGAAGUCAGUUGAUGUUCUCUGUAAUACGCAAAUAUUAUAAUUUGUAUACAGUUUACUAGAUUGCAUGCCUUAUUGCAGGUAAUAUAAAGAUCUUAAUGGACUGGCUGCUUAUGCAGAUAGUAAUAGGUACGCCAAGUUCAUUUCCCGUUAUUCUGCUAACUGGUAAUAAUGCUGAUGCCUCUUAGCAUUUUGUUUCAUUUCCCUACUCGUCCAGUUUGCUUUACUUUUGUUGUAACCUUGCACUGUAAGCAGCAAGUGCCAUAUUCCAGUGAGAGGACCCCGAGGCGCAUUUUCUUUUCUCAAUCUUUUUUCAUUCUUGCAAUUCCCAUUUUGUGGCUAAAUUGUCUGUGGCCACUGUAACAUAACAACUAGUAAUUUUCAUUUAUUGGGUGAUUUUUGAUUAGUA